AUGGUGCAGGUGUGCUUCAUUCUGGACCUGCGGAGCUUGGCUCUUCCAUUGCUUAGAGACCUGAAGCAGUCAUUGCUUCAACUUUCUAACUUCUACGCCGUUUCAAAUACUUCCUCAUCGCCUCGUCGGAAAUCGAACUCUCCCUCAGAUAAGAUCGGUCUGUGCUACGUCUUUAAAAAUCGAUUAUCUUCUGCUGACGAGCUGAAGGUCGCCUAUAAUCCCAGAGAAAACUUCAAUCUACACGAUUUCCACCAUGCUGUUAACAGCUUGCCCUCCGAUGCCUUCCUGCCUGAUAAUGAUAACAAUUACGGUAAAGAUAUUGAGAGAAAAGCGAUAGUCAUAACUUCAUUCUUGCCUGAAGAUGUAGAUUCUACAAUGCAAGAAUGCCUCAUGGAUGCUGCAGAUAGAUGUGUUUCGGUUGAUUUUGCAGUAUUUCAGCAGAAGUCAAGCCAUCUAACUGAUACGCGUGAAAACAUAAACAACUUCCGUCGUUGCAUUUCUCAUAUUGAGAACUGCUCAUUCCAGACUUACAUCCCUGAUUUCAGAGUAAUGCACAGUCUUGUUAAAAGAUGGCUUCAGGUUUUACAAGAUGACACGGAGGAGCCACUCCAAGCACGCCUCAUUUUUAAAGAAAAUCUAUUAGAUUCUGUGAACCACAUAUUUUGUAACCUGUAUGCAGCUGCCAUUCCAAUCACCAAUGGCUUUAGUCAAUGUCAGACAUGCAGAUGUCAUGGCAUGCUGUUAGGAGAUGCUGAAACAACCAAGUUCAACAGAAUUUCUUGUCCAGUCACAGGCCGCAAUCUGGAAGCAUAUGAUGUUGUUGAAAAUUCUGUUCGGGUUGGGGACAAUACAGUUCUGUUUCUUCCAUCAUUCCAUUGUUCCCUGAAGCUUCCGCAAAUUAAUUCACGAAUUGACGUAACAGUUAUCAAGAGGACAAGCUUGGCUUCUGUUAAUGAAGGUCUGAUAAUGGGGGCUUCCUUCUUUGUGGUUCCAUUCCUCUGUCAUGUGAUUGAAUCUACUUCAGAUGAUGCUGACCAGUCGGACUUGAAUUCUCUAGUUUUUCAAGGCCUUUCUAGUGUUCUGCACUCGAUGGACCAAGGUUUGAUAUGCUUUUCGAAUAGUGAUUUAGAAACAAUGACAGAGGUUCCUUUCCGCUGCUAUUACAUUCUGCAGCCAUCAGAUAACGGGCCAAUGCUCCUUAGGCGUCUUGCAGGUGCAGAAGAAGUAUUACGAGUUCCUGAUAAUCGAUUGGUUAGCUCAUCCGCCAAUAAGGAAAUUGAGAAUUCUGUUGAAGCCUGUUUGUUGAAGAUUGAUCUAGCGCACUAUGAUCCCUUGCUGCAUGAAAGAGGCUUUCAUCAAAAGCUAAACUUGCUUGUCCGAGAAAGCUUGCAGUUCGGGUCAAUAUUUCCUAAAGAGGGAGACGCAGCCGUUGAUGCAAACUCAGGUGAAAAACCAUCUUUAGAAAUGACUGGGAAAGCAGAAACAACCUUAUUUGUGGACGGAAAAUGCUCGGCAUGGGAUCUUACAACCCAAGAAGACAAUACCAUCGCCUGUAUUACUAAAGAAUGGGAGCAGUUGGUCGUAAACGAGGACCCUAAUAAGAUGGAUUCUCCAUCUUGUAUGCGCAAACCCAAGUUGGAUAAAAAAUUUGUUUCGACACGUGAUUGUAAUAGGCAGCUAGAUAGAGAAACUUCGAGGAUUUUAGAGAGAUUGGAGGUUCCAAGACCACUAAAAGCAAAGUCGGUGUCUCCUGUUUCAAAUACAACCAUGAUGAAUACAAGUGUGCCCACAAAGAAACCUCUCAUACCAUUCCACCAGCCAGUUCAAGCUACAGAAUCAGUCUCUAUUGGCAGCCAGCUAAUGAAACCAAAUUUCCAAAGGCUGAAAAGGAAACAUAAAUGAAAAGAAGGUUGCCGCCCAUGCGUUGCUUGAAUAAAAAUGAUUCAGAAGUCAAUAAGGUCAGCACGCAUUGCUCUUUUUCUCUUUUAAAUUUCACGUUUCAAAUUAUUUUCUGGACAAAUUUUGUGUCGGUCGCUGCACUUAUGGAUCUGUUUUACUAAAUGCUAGAGGUGUGAAGGUUCUUGAUAAUUUCAGUUCAUUUGUUUAUUAAAAUAUACUACAGAUUUAGUUUAAGAGUUGAAUUCUUUCUUGAGAUAA